GUGUAAAAUAGUUUAUUUAUAUUUCAUGCACUGCGUGCCCACAUUAACCUGCAAUAAACCAAAUGUUUCUAAACUACAUUUGAUUCCCCAUCAUCUCAACAUGGAAACAAAGAAAAUUUUGUGUCGCAGAACUUAGGAACUUCAACAUUUGAAAGGUGUUAAGGUUCGUUGGAUACGGAUGCAAUUAAAAUUAUCGCAUUAUUUUCUCUUAAAACAGAGACUUCCCACCAUAUAGUUCAUGGUCCCGGAGCAUCUAACAAGCGUGAACAUUACAGGUUCGGUGACCGUGACAAUUUCGGCGACAAAAGCGUUGCGAAACAGAGUUUCACAACAGUCACUUCCGAAGUCUUCUUAAAGAAAGUACCACAAUCAUAUUAUUACCCAAAGAUGACUUUCAAAUCAUUGUUGAACUUUGGGUCCUUCGGCCGAAAUCCAACAGAAGCAGUUGAUCGUUAUCACAGUGGACCAAGUGACUAUGGACAUUACGAUCAUGGCUGGGGUCACGGGGGUCACAAAGGAAAGGGUGGCAGUGGCGGUGCUGCCUUAAGCGCGUUGACUUUACUUGCCUUUCUGUUUCUCAUCAACGUAAUGCAGCAAUCACUUGAUAACAAUAAUGGAACAGCGGCACCCGCCGUUGUGCGCGAGGGUGAUCAAAGUGCAGCACCUCGUGCUAGGGGUGACCAAGCUUCAACGAAUAUUGUUAUUAAUGACUCAAUACCGAGUAGCAAGUACGUUCCAAUAAAAACAAGCUUACAAGUCGUACGAAAUAAAAAUUAA